AUGCAGGACGCCGCAGGCCGGAGCGCCACGACGCGGCUGGUGCUCUUCCGCCACGACCACAUCCGCCGCACGCUGGUGUCGGAGCUGCGGCGCCUGGAGAAGGGGCGGAGGCGGGCCGAGCGGUCGCACGCCCAGCAGGUGGUCCUCUUCCUGGCGGGGGCGUCGCAGCGGAGGGACGCCCGCAACGCCCACCUGGCCCGCCUCAACAAGAUGUUCAGAGUCAAGCAGACGGAGAACGAGAGUGGCACCGACAGCGUCCACGCCAGCACCCUGCAGCAACAGCAGCAGCAGCAGCAGCAACAGCAGCAGCAGCAGCAGCAGCAGCAGCAGCAGCAGGAGCAGCAGCAGCAGCAGGGCGAGCAGGAGGGGGCAGGGCCGGCCAACAGCAGCACGGAGUCCGAGGUGUCCGUCGGCUCGUACCAGAGCAGCAGCCUCUCGCAGGGCGGCGGCCCGGCGGACCGCGCGGCCCUCUGGGUGGCCGACACGCCCCGGCGCCAGCGGGCAGCCUCGGUGGACGUGCCCUCAGGCGUGCCCCCGGACACCCCGCGCCGCCUCUCCGCCCCCGAGGUCGUAGUCACGCACGUGGGCAUCCUCGACGACGCCCUCGCCUCCCCCGCGCCCCACCGACCCUCCGCCUCCUCCAAUGACACCGCCGACACCCCCACGGACGCCUCUACGCCCACGCCCGCUCGAGAAGACGGGAGCACGCCCACGCAGGGCCGAUUAAGCCCCACGAACGCCCGGGGGCGCCCCGCGACGCCUUCGCCGCCGAGAAGCCCCUCUCGACGCCAGUCCCACACCAGCAGCAGCCGCCCGGGGUCGCGUCUCUCCCGCGUCUCAAAGACGUCGCUGGCCUUCAGAAGGUCGAGGUCGUCGCCGGCGACGCAGCAGGAGGUCGUCCCCAUCACCGAAGUCACAGCGCCUCUCGAGGACACCAGGUUCGUGCAGUUGCUGUCUUCCCUGACGCUAGUGGCCGCCCCGGAGACGCUAACGACGCAGAGGCUUUCCAAGGGCCCCGAGAUCAAACAGGACGCGGCCAUCAUCCUCAGGUUUUGAGGGUCACACUAGAGCGCUGUUGUCAUGCUGGGCUUCAUCGUGCUAGGCUUGGGAGGAGGACCAGCAUUUCAGGUCGUGAAUUUUGUGUUCUGUCUGCCCGUUUGUCUGUCUGUUUGUCUGUCUGUCUGU